UGUAGAUUUAACCUUGAUGUGGUUUAACUGAAUGUACACUUAUUUACUUUGUCAUUUAGUUGAAAUGGCAUUACGAGGUUCCAAUGAACGAGAAUCGCGAUCUUCAGAGUCACGUUCAGAUGAUCCAUUAAAUGACGGUAUGAUUCCUUCAAAGAAAUCUCGCUCCGACUCGGCGGAUUUUAUUUCUUUUUUAUUUUUUUCUCUUUUAUUAAACGUGUCCUUGAAGUGAUUCAAAACCACACACCCACUCCUCACAGUGAAAAUGUAAAAAAAAAACGUGUCCAAUUAAACCGUUUAAGCCAAUUGCGCUUGCAUCACCAAAUGUUGGAGAGGGCAAAACAGAUUUUUGAGAUGAAAUAAUAAGGUCGCUUCAUUAAUUCUAUUUCUAUAUUUCUGUACUAGUUAACUAUACGGAUGGCGGAAAGGGGAUUUACAAGCAUGUGAAUAAAGAAAAAAAUACAGAUGGUAUUCAAGAAUGCAUGAAUAAAAGACGAAGAUAAGUGAAUUGAAAAAGCUUGUUAAACAUAAAAAAACUGGAAAAAUAGGAAUAAUAAACUAUAUUUUAUAAGCUACAUCAAAGCAUAUAAUUUUUAAAUGUCUACUUUAUUAUUUUAAACAUUACUAGGUCCAUUUGUCCGAUGCCUAUCACAAUUUAACUUGACAUGCGCAGCAUAGUUUAUAAAAUUUAAACUUUACCACUAGAAAUAUCAUUUUUUAUUUGCUUUAACAUUUUUUAUUUUUGUGCUUUUAUGUUUUGUAUGUGUCCAUCAAGUUUCAUCAGCUUUUUAUGUUUCAUCGAGAGUGUCAUUGCAAAGAAAGCGCGCAAAUCCAUGCCUUCAGGUUUAAUGCAUAGGCUUAAAAUGGAUAUGUUUAUGUAAAUCCCCGUUCCGUGCAUCUUUCUUAUUACAUGUUUCAUAUAGUGUUAUUUAAAAAAAAAAAAAAAAAAAAAAUCAAUUUGUUCACGUAUUUUGGAUUUACUCAGACUUACUACGUAUUUUAUUUUAAUUUUUUUAAUGUUUGGGUGCUUUUUUUCUUUCAUUCUUACAUUUUGCAGCUUUUCUCAAAAAUAUACCAAAAAUACAAUGACCAUACAAUGAAUGAAAUGUAUUAAGUCGACAAAAAUAGUAAUUUAACGCGUGCAACAUACGUGUAUGAAAAGUAUGCGUUAAACAAAUCAAAUACUGCUACUACUAGCCUGAUAAUUGUAAGUUAUACUAAAUAGCUGGGUACAACAACAGAGCAAUAAUAAGAAAAAACAUUUAUUGAUGUUUAAAAUGUGAAAUGAAUGCGUGUGAGAUACAAUAAUAAUUAUAAACAUUUUGACUAAAAUGUCAAAACGAGUAUGCAAAUCGAGUAAAGUAAAAAAAAAAGUUACCACCUGUUUCCGUGCGAUGCGACGUCGUUAUACAAUUACGAAAAUCCACAAAGAUUUUUUAUACCAAAAAAUAUUAACAACAACGAAAAAAAACUAAUUGUUGUUACGAAAGUUGCAGCGAAAGUGAAACUUGAAAUCUAUCUCGCACAACGAACGCACCACGCUCGGUAAAAGGCAGUUGCGCGGGCACGCGUGCGUACACAGAGAAGAAUUUUUUACGUAUAGGAAACAUAAAAACGUCUUGUUGUUUAUUAAUGUUUUUUCUUUUUGUCUUUAUCUUUCUUGCAGGCGUCGAAUUAUCUUUUAUUUCCAUACAAAAUAUAUAAAACAUUUGCAAAUCAAAAGAUAUGUGUGCCAAAAAGUGAGUGUUGUACGCUAUAAAAGGUUAAAAAGCGAUAUUGGAAAAAUUUCCCUUUUGAAUUAAUGGGGAAAUGGCUGUAAUUGUGUAUAUUUUUUACACAGUAAAACCAUUUGUGAAUAAUGUUAAUUAUAUGUAGAAAAAUAGCUAUCGCGGUGUAUAUAAAUACUAAAUAUUGACAAAAGAUAUAUUAAAUAAUUGUUAGAGAAUAAUUUUAUUACACAUAUAUAUAUUUACAUAAAUUUGGCGCUCUGUAACCUGGCAAGAAAAUAUUACGUCAUGAUUAUAUAUAUUUUGUUGUUGCUCUUCAUACAAAUGUCCGUUACUUACUGGCCUUUAUUGCAACAGAUUUCAUAAAUAAUAAAUUUCAACAAAAAUUCAGAUUUCAUACGUAAUUAUUUUUGCAUUUUAUAUACAGCAACAGAAACGAUAUAUUAAAUCGGUCUGCACCACUGACAUUUACUUCAAACAUUUUCAGAUUCAAUCUGUCAGCGAGAUAAUUUUAAGUUUGCUAGUCAGCACGAUUUUGUUAAUAAAAUUUUAAUAGUUUUUCAAACUUAAAAAAUGUUAGAUUUGUGGCACCACUAUGGACUUGUCUUAAAUAUUGUAUGUCUAUUUGUUAUCUUCCUAGUCACAGCCACCUCAAUCUAACCAACCUUAGUAAUUUAACAAUAUAUUUGUACACUCAUUUAUUGGCGCAUAUAAUAUCUUCAAAUAGAAAUUAACUGUACGUACGAUCGAUUGAAUGACUCUUGUGAUUUUUCAACCACAAAAGAAAAUAUGAAAUGAAAUGUAUUCUGCGCGCUUUCACCCCUUCACAAAAAUCCUUACAACAGCAUAACAGGAACACAUUUGCUGUUGUUCUACACACCAACCAACAAACGAUUUGUUGGAUAAAUUUAUUUGUGCAUCUAUUUAAUUAAUAUUCCUAAUAUUCUAGGUAAGUCUUCGGAACCGAAAAUUCCAUACAUUUCGCAGCCAAUUUACGAUUUGAAACAAACGGGCGAUGUUAAAUUCGGUCCUGGUACACGUUCCGCAUUGCUUGGUCUUUUGGGUGGUGCUCUGCCAAAACUCAGCUCAGAUCAACAUGACACCGUCAGUAAGGCUAAGAAAUAUGCCAUGGAGCAAAGUAUUAAAAUGGUAUUAAUGAAACAGACAUUGGCGCAUCAGCAACAGCAAUUGGCAUCACAACGUACACAGGUGCAACGACAGCAGGCGCUCGCUCUUAUGUGCAGGGUAUAUGUAGGCAGCAUUUCGUUUGAGCUGAAGGAGGAUACUAUACGAGCCGCUUUUCUACCUUUUGGUCCUAUAAAAUCUAUCAACAUGUCGUGGGAUCCCAUUACCCAGAAGCACAAAGGUUUCGCUUUUGUUGAAUAUGAAAUACCUGAAGGCGCACAAUUGGCUUUGGAGCAAAUGAAUGGCGCACUAAUGGGCGGACGUAAUAUUAAAGUAGGUCGUCCCAGCAAUAUGCCACAAGCACAACAAGUGAUUGAUGAGAUUCAAGAGGAAGCGAAAAGUUUCAAUCGCAUAUAUGUGGCAUCCAUACAUCCGGAUCUUUCCGAAGAAGAUAUCAAAAGUGUUUUUGAAGCAUUUGGCCCGAUAUUGUAUUGCAAAUUGGCACAGGGCACAUCUCUGCAUACACACAAGGGAUACGGUUUCAUUGAGUAUGCCAACAAACAGGCAAUGGAUGAAGCUAUAGCUAGCAUGAAUCUGUUCGAUUUAGGCGGUCAAUUAUUAAGAGUGGGUCGCUCAAUCACACCACCGAAUGCUUUGGUAUGCGCCUCAACCAAUUCAACAAUGCCUACAGCCGCUGCCGUGGCUGCAGCUGCUGCUACCGCUAAGAUACAGGCGCUUGACGCUGUCGCCAGCAACGCCGUGCUUGGCCUUUCCGCAAAUACUCCCGCGCUGGGCAUCUCCCCGUUGGCUGCCGUCGCUAAAGUGGGUGCUCUGCCAAUAUCUUCCGCUGGCGCUUUGCAUCCACCAGGCCUUGCAGUACCUGCUACUACGGGUGCUACCGCAGCAUUCCUACCUGCUGGUGUCUUCCAAGCGCCAGCUGCUCUAGCACCGAAUCUUUUGGGUGCCGCACCCGGCGUACCAAGUGUCACCACCGCCGCUGCACCGGCUAUUGUCACACAAGCUGCACUACUAGCAACUCCUACUAUGGGUGUCCCAACAAUGGCUGCAGUCGCUAAUCUUAGCGCUACCGGUAUUAAUCCGGUGUUGAGUGCCGAUGCUAUCGCUAGUGCAGCGGCUGCAGCAGCUGCUUCUGUCAGUGCGAAUGCGGCAGCCGCAGUUGCCGCUGCGAAUAAUGUAGCAGCGAUGCAUAAUUUACAAUCAGCCAAUUCGGAGCAGUUGAAAAAGGCACAUGAGAAGGCACAGCAGGAGGAAUUACAAAAGAAGUUAAUGGAUGAGGGUGAAACGCAGACGCUCCAGCAGCAGGAGAACAUGUCGAUCAAGGGUCAGAGCGCACGGCAACUGGUCAUGCAGCGGCUAAUGCGACCACAAGAGUCACGUGUAAUCAUACUACGUAAUAUGGUCGGUCCAGAGGAUGUAGACGAAACGUUGCAAGAAGAAAUACAAGAAGAAUGCACCAAAUUUGGCACGGUUAGCCGUGUGAUUAUCUUCAAUGAGAAACAAACGGAAAACGAAGAUGAUGAGGAAGCCGAAAUAAUUGUUAAAAUAUUUGUAGAGUUUUCAAGCGCUGUUGAAGCUAUACGCGGACGUGACGCGCUUCAUGGACGGUUCUUCGGCGGACGACGUGUUGUUGCCGAGCUCUAUGAUCAGUCACUAUUCGAUCAUGGAGAUCUUUCUGGUUAACAAAACAACAAAAACAACUUUAGAAGAAAAUGAUAUGGAAUGCGCGCGAUGAAAAUAGUAUUGUACACUAUUCAGCUUAUUUGCAGCUAAACCAUUAUGUUCAAAGUCAAAAAGCACGCGUUUCAAAUAUUUUCCUCUCACAUUCUACGUUCAUUUGAAUGCACUAGUUGUUUUCAGCUAAAUUUUUCUGCGAGAUUACUGUUUCCAUUUCCCCCAAGUCUAUAAAGCCGUUAAAAAUGUUUUGAAUGUAUUCGCGUGUAAAAUGCCGUCAUUAAAAUAAGAGAAGAAGAAUUGUAAUAAUUUCAUUAAAAUUACUAAUAAAUAUGUUAAGUAUUUAAAAAUGUAA